UGCGACAAACUGUUAUUCAACACUACUUCCUUCUGACUGUUACUCAGCGACUGCAGCUUCUGCGAUAGCCUUUCGUCUUGUUCAAGCAUUUUAGGAUUCACACACUCACAAACACGCCACACCUCUACGGGGUAUUUCAAACACCUAUCAACCUAUCCAAGCUCUGAAGGGAUACUCUACGUUUCUAGGAGAUGUCUUCGGGUGGCGAUAGUCCCAAAGUGGACGAAGAUGAAGUUAGGGAUACAAUUGAAAAUGCAUCUUUACCAGGCGAAGAUAGUCCACCAUCGCUUGAAGAGGAUAAGCCGGACCUUGACAACGACGACGCGGACCUCUUUGGAUCUGGCUCUGAAGGCGGAGACGAUUCACGCGAAAAACCCCGACGAAGGCUUGACGAUGAGGAACUAGAUUCAGGCGACGAUGAAGGGCGCUGGGAUCGGCGUGAAUCCCCGAUGGACGAAGAUGGCGCGGAAUUCGGUGAGACGCUUAAUAUAAUGGACCUUAACCUUGGUCGCACUACAGAGCCGGAAUCCACGGACGGACAGUUCUAUACGCUGAAUAUGCCGAAUUUCCUGUCCAUUGAGUCCGAGGAUUUUAACCCUGAGACGUACGUUGCGCCGCCAUUUUCUUCUGCUUCAACUUCGCUUUGCUGGCGCUAUGACCCCAAGAAUGGAAAGGAUAUUCAAUCCAAUGCACGUAUCAUCCGCUGGUCAGACGGCUCUUUGACACUUCAACUUGCCUCAAACCCGACCGAACAAUACCGAAUGCCUCUGAAACCUCUGGGGCGACCUAAUAAUUCUUCUAAAAACGCUGAUUAUGACUCUGAAUUGGACUCGCAUGUCUAUCUUGGAGCUGCUGCAGAAGCUUCAUCAGUCAUCCGUAUCACUUCACACCUCACCGGACAACUUUCCGUUCUUCCUACUACAGUUGAAACAGAUGAUGCGGUUCAAAAACUACAAGAAUCAUUGGCGGCUGCAACCAGAACCGGCCGAAAGAAUCCUGAUGGCACUGUUGCUAUGUUCGAUGUCAAGGAAGACCCGGAACUUGCAAAGAAACAGGCCGAACAAGCUGAGCGCGAGAAGCUUCGUGAGGCCCGACGACGACAGCUAGCUGCAGAUCGCGACCUCGAUCGUGGAAGGCGUGUAGGCCUCCCCGGAAGAACCGGUGGAGCUGGUCUUACGAUCGCUGGAUUAGAAGGUGACGACAUGCUCGCCACUCGAGGGCGCAUAGCUAAGAAACCCAGGCGUAAGCCCAACCGCCGUGGAGAAAUUUACACCGACGAUGAAGAGGAAUAUGGUCGCAGGGGUCGGACUCGUGAAGAUGAAUAUGACGAAGAUGACGGUUUCCUUGUCCGCAGCGACGAGGAAAUAGAGAUUGAAGAGGAAGAGGAAGAAGAACUCCUAGAGGAAGACGAUAACCUAGAAGCAGAGGGUGAAACAGACGACGAGAUUUCUGCUCCACAUAAGAUGGCCACUCGUGAAAAAGAGAAGUCUCCGAGACGACCUCUCGAGGAUGGUGAAGAACCGGAAGGGGCCAAAGCGGGCACUCCCCCAGUGAGAAAGAAGAAUCGAUACGUUGUGGAAUCUGAUGAGGAUGAGUAACUUUAGGAUUCCGGUCUGUUCACUCGAAGAUCAACAAUUCCGUAAAUUGUCCCUUUUGUUUCUCUAUUUCAUUUUUUUUUUUCUUUUCUUUUUUUUGAAAAAAAAAAAAAAAAAAUCGCCCGCACUGUGAGAUACGGGCGUUUUGGGUGGGAGCCAUGUCUUUAUAGUGCACUUACCUUGGUAUCUCCAUACGUUGGGCGUCUUAUUCUCGGUAUUUCAUGGGCAAUUUAGAUCAUAGGGUUGUCGCAUGCGGAAUACUUCGUACCUAGGUUCAAUCCAUAAGAAAGUGAAAGUCAC